AUGAAUUCUUCCAUCCCUGACUGCACAUCAAAGUGUCGCUCCCUGACGCAUGCCUUGGAUGUCCUUUCUGUGGUAACAAAGGGGAGUGAAAACCAGAUUAAGGCCUUUCUCUCCAGUCAUUGUUACAAUGCUGCAACCAUCAAGGAUGCCUUUGGCCGGAAUGCCCUCCACCUUGUUGCCUCCUGUGGAAAAAAAGGAGUGUUAGAUUGGCUUAUUGAGAAAGGAGUGGAUCCCUUGGUGAAAGACAAGGAGUCAGGAUGGACAGCUUUGCAUAGAAGCAUUUUUUAUGGACAUAUUGAUUGUGUUUGGUCUCUACUGAAGCAUGGUGUUAAUCUGUAUAUUCAAGAUAAAGAAGGCUUGUCAGCUUUGGAUCUUGUAAUGAAGGAUAGACCAACUCAUGUAGUAUUCAAAAAUACUGAUCCUACAGAUGUCUACACUUGGGGAGAUAAUACAAAUUUCACCCUGGGUCAUGGAAGCCAGAAUAGCAAACAUCAUCCAGAGUUGGUGGAUCUGUUCUCCAGGAGUGGGAUUUAUAUCAAGCAGGUGGUGCUUUGUAAAUUUCACUCAGUGUUUCUGUCUCAGAAAGGGCAGGUUUACACCUGUGGUCAUGGUCCUGGAGGACGAUUAGGCCAUGGAGAUGAACAGACAUGCUUGGUCCCUAGGCUUGUGGAAGGACUGAGUGGUCAUAAUUGUUCUCAAGUAGCAGCUGCUAAGGAUCACACUGUUGUAUUAACUGAAGAUGGAUGUGUUUAUACAUUUGGUCUAAAUAUUUUUCAUCAAUUAGGACUCAUUCCUCCGCCUUCCAGUUGUAAUAUACCCAGACAGAUGCAGGCAAAGUAUCUGAAAGGAAGGACAAUCAUUGGAGUAGCAGCUGGCAGGUUUCAUACCGUGCUGUGGACUAGAGAAGCUGUUUACACUAUGGGACUAAAUGGUGGACAACUGGGUUAUUUACUAGAUCCCAAUGGGGAAAAGUGUGUAACUGCUCCUCGUCAAGUCUCUGCCCUUCAUCAUAAGGACAUCACUCUGUCUUUGGUUGCUGCUAGUGAUGGGGCUACUGUCUGUGUCACCACAAAGGGAGACAUUUACUUACUUGCAGACUAUCAGUGCAAGAAGCUGGCUUCUAAACAACUAAACUUGAAAAAGGUUCUUGUUUCUGGGGGGCAUAUGGAAUACAAAGUUGAUCCUGAACAUUUGAAAGAAAAUGGGGGUCAAAAAAUUUGCAUUCUUGCAAUGGAUGGAGCUGGAAGGGUAUUUUGCUGGAGAUCUCUCAACAGUUCUAUGAAGCAGUGUCGAUGGGCCUAUCCACGCCAAGUCUUCAUUUCUGAUAUUGCUUUAAGUAGAAAUGAAAUUCUUUUUGUCACACGAGAUGGAGAGGGAUUUAGAGGGAAAUGGUUUGAAGAAAAAAGAAAGAGUUCUGAAAAGAAAGAGAUUUUAUCAAACCUUCAUAAUUCCUCACCAGAUGUGUCUUGUGUCUCUGAUAUAAAUAGUGUAUAUGAAAGAAUUCGACUUGAGAAACUUACUUUUGCCCAUAGAGCUGUUAGUGUCAGCACAGAUCCAAGUGGAUGCAACUUUGCAGUCUUGCAGUCAGAUCCUAAAACAAGCCUUUAUGAAAUUCCAACUGUGUCCUCCUCAUCCUUUUUUGAGGAGUUUGGCAAGCUGUUGAGGGAAACGGAUGAAAUGGACAACAUCCAUGAUGUGACAUUUCAAGUUGGCAGUAGACUCUUCCCUGCACAUAAAUAUAUUUUGGCAGUGCGUUCUGACUUUUUCCAGAAAUUGUUUCUUUCGGAUGGUACCGCAUUAGAUUUCACAGAUGUUUACCGGAAAGAUGAAGAUUCUGCAGGUUGCCAUCUCUUUGUGGUAGAAAAGGUUCAUCCUGACCUGUUUGAACACCUUUUGCAGUUUAUAUACACAGAUACUUGCGACUUUUUAACUCAUGGCUUCAAACCAAGACUAAAUUUAAACAGAAAACCAGAAGGAUAUCCAGGCACUCCAAAUUGUCAUUCGAAUAAAAUGAGUUCCCAUGAAGAUAAUCAGAAGUCAGCAUUUGAAGUUUAUAAAAGUAAUCAAGCUCAUACAAUUAGUGAAAAGCAGAAGAGUAAAUCCAAAUCUUCCAAAAAAGUAAAAAGUGUUGGGGAAGAUGAUCCUGUAAAAUUGUUGCAAAAUGUCGCAAAGAAAUUUGGUUUCAGUAAUUUAAGUAGUAGGUUAGAUGGAGUCAGAUAUGAAAAUGAAGAAAUUAGUAUCAUUGCCAAGAAAACUGGUAGUAAACCAAAGCUAACUCAGAAAAAAUGUUCAUUUUUAUGUGAUGUGACCAUGAAAUCAGUGGAUGGAAAGGAAUUUCCUUGUCAUAAAUGCGUUCUCUGUGCUAGACUUGAAUAUUUUCAUAGUAUGCUGAGUAGCUCAUGGAUUGAGGCUUCCAGUUGUGCAGCUCUGGAAAUGCCAAUACAUUCUGACAUACUGAGAGUUAUUUUGGACUACCUCUAUACUGAUGAAGCUAUUGUGAUAAAAGAAUCUCAAAAUGUGGAUUUUGUUUGUAGUGUUCUUGUGGUGGCUGAUCAGCUGCUCAUAUCUCGAUUGAAAGAAAUUUGUGAAGUAGCAUUAACUGAAAAACUUACCCUUAAGAAUGCUGCUAUGCUACUGGAAUUUGCAGCAAUGUAUAAUGCUGAACAGUUGAAACUCUCUUGUUUACAGUUUAUUGGACUGAAUAUGGCAGCUUUACUUGAAGCAAGAUCUCUUGAUGUUUUAAGUGAUGGUGUUUUGAAGGACCUUUCUGUGUUUUACCGGAAAAUGAUUCCAGCAAUGGAGAGAAGAGUCAUUACACCAUAUCAAGAUGGACCAGAUAUUAGCUAUUUGGAUGUAGAAGAUGGAGAUAUCUUUUUAAAAGAAGAAGUAAAUAUGGAACAGAAUUACUCGGAAAGUAUGGUCAAGAAGACGAAAACAAAAGCGAAAAAGAAGCCACGUAAACGGUCAGAUAGUUCUGGAGGUUAUAAUCUUUCAGAUAUUAUUCAGAGUCCACCAUCUACAGGAUUGUUAAAGUCUGGUAAGACCAAUUCUGUGGAGUCUCUUCCAGAACUGUUGACAUCGGACUCUGAAGGAAGCUAUGCAGGAGUGGGUAGUCCUAGGGAUUUGCAGUCUCCUGACUUCACAACAGGAUUUCAUUCAGAUAAGUCUGAGGGGAAAAUUAAAUCAUAUGUUAAUGGUACACCUCCUGCAUAUUUUAGGGAAGAUUUAAAACCAUGGGAAAAAUCACCAGUACUUAAAAUAACUGCUCCACAGCCCAUUCCCAGUAACAGAAUUGAUACUACAAGCUCUUCCAGUUGGGUUUCUGGCUCUUUCAGUCCUGUCAGCCCUCCUGUCAUGGAUCUCAGAACCAUCAUGCAAAUUGAAGAAAGCAGACAAAAGUGUGGAACUACACCAAAGACAAGCUUGGGAAAAAUGAUUUCUCAUGGAGUUAAACUUUCUCAGAAGCAACGAAAAAUGAUUGCAAUGACUACCAAAGAUAAUAAUUCAGGAAUGAAUAACAUGGAAACAGCUUUAAGUGCUCCUUCAAAAAGCCCCAAGCCAGCGAAUGCAUGGGCAUCUUCUCAAUAUUCAGUUUCAUCCAAGUCAUUCCGGGAUUUCUCAGUAGAAGAAAAGAAAUCUGUUAUUGGCCAGAGCUCAGGAGAUCAUGUCAAAAAAGUUUGUUUUAAAGGGAUUGAAAGCUCCCAGUCUCCAAAAGUUGUAAGGUGUUCUGCUCAUGGUUCCCCAGGACGAGAAGGCAACCACGUUUCAGAUGUACCACUUCCGGACAGUCCCAAUCCCUGGCUGUCUUCACUGACCGCUCCUUCUGUGGCAGCGCCAGUCACUUUUGCAUCUAUCGUAGAAGAAGAGUUACAGCAGGAAGCAGCUCUUAUCAGAAGCCGAGAGAAACCCUUGGCUUUGAUUCAAAUUGAGGAGCGCGCAAUACAGGAUUUGCUGGUUUUCUAUGAGGCAUUUGGCAACCCUGAUGAGUUUGUCAUUGUUGAAAGGACACCGCAGGGACCACUGGCAGUGCCUAUGUGGAAUAAGCAUGGAUGCUAGUCCACCAUGGAGUUGAGACAAGCUUCAUAAAUUGUGAUUGUGCUCAGU